UUUAAGAAAAAUGAAGACUCGAAAUCUACGCGAAGUUUGAAGGUGUGGAUUAGUUAUGCCAAGUUUGAAGCCUACGCGAAGGAGAAUGAUGAGGAUUUGGAUGUGCCAGAAGACAGGGUUCCGGAAUAUGAUUAUGAAGCAAAGAAGGGAUGCGCUCAGCGUGCGAGUGGAGUCUUUGAAAGAGCAAUCAACUACUAUAGAACAUCGGCACCGGAAUUGAAAGAAGAUCGUGCUAUGCUCCUGGAAGAGUGGCUUAACACGGAAAGCAGUUUUGGGGAGCUUGGCGACGUAAGCGUGGUCCAGUCUAAGUUUCCCAAGGAACUCAAAAAGAGGAAGCGAAUAACGAGUGAAGAAGGUGGCGUCUCUGGGUACGAAGAAUGUAUCGAUUACGUAUUCCCCGAAGAAAACCAGGCGACGAACCUCAAGAUUUUAGAAGCCGCUUAUAAAUGGAAAAACAGAAGCCUUCUUCCGAUGACGAGUAGGAUGAUAUGUGUUCUGUAACUUUGUUUUUUUGUUGUUGUAAU